UUGUUAUGGGAAGGAAAAUGGCGGCUGUUCGGAGACCGUACUAACUUAGUACUGUGGGACUUUUACUUGCGGCAAAAUGUACGCAAUGUUGCCCUCGGGGGAUGGAAAAAUAUCGUAAAGUGUGUAUUUUAAUAUUCGAAACCGACGCCGGGCCAUGUUUUAGUUACCUUAUAUUAGUUGGACGCGUUUUUUUAUACAGAAGACAAGGAACAAAGCUGGAGUAGUCAGUCAGUGAAGAAGCUAUAACGAUAAAUGAAUAAUAACUUCCUGUAAGUGUUCAAGUUAGUGUAUUAAACCUCCAAGUUUGGGACGUUAACGUGGAUAAUGUUUGCAGUUUUACAAAGUCAACAAAGAGCGUGUUGUAGUCCCAGUAACUAUCACUCUUCUGUAGUUACGUUAGCGCGGUACGACCGCUGGAAAAAGCCCGUGAACACACGCCUUCCUGCCGCUUGUUUACUCUCUGGUGGAGCCAUGUGGUGGUGGUGUUGCCCGGGUACAGAGUAGUCCCACUCUCAUGGGCGUUUUUUAUUGUUGUUGUUGUUGUUUUUUUAUUAUUCGCGUUAAACACCUCUGUCGGAGACAGAUUUGAUCGUUUUCCCAGAGCUAAUGGAUGAUUCAAAGCCACGGUUCAGCACAAGACUGCGGGCGGGUACCCGGCGACGUUACCAUGACGAUGGCAUUUCAGAUGAGGAGAUCGAUGGAAGAAGGACGUUUGACCUGGAGGAGAAAGUCACCAGUCAGAGGUUCACCUCUGACCGUGUCAUUCGCAUGGAAGGAAAAGACUUCACAUAUGAGUUCGUCCAGAGAUGUGGUCUGAGGGAACCGCUCAUCUUUGAGAAGCCCGAAGGACUGGGACUCAAGAUGCCCGAGCCUGACUUCAGCGUCAACGAUGUCAAGAUGUUUGUGGGUAGCAGACGUAUGAUUGACGUGAUGGACGUGACCACUCAGAAGGGGACAGAAAUGUCCAUGGCGCAGUGGGCGCGCUACUAUGAGACGCCGCCCCCUCAGAGAGACAAGCUGUAUAACGUCAUCAGCCUGGAGUUCAGCCACACCAAGCUGGAGAACCUGGUCAGGAGACCGACCACGGUGGAUUUAAUAGACUGGGGAGACAAGAUGUGGCCUCGUCACCUGAAGGAGAGACAGAGAGACUCGACAAACUCCAUCAGUGACAUGCAGUAUCCCAAAGUACAGAAAUACUGUCUGAUGAGUGUCGAGGGCUGCUACACUGACUUUCACAUCGACUUUGGAGGGACGUCGGUGUGGUAUCACAUACUAAGAGGAAGCAAGGUGUUCUGGCUAAUCCCGCCCACACCUCCCAACCUUGAGCUGUACGAGAACUGGGUUCUGUCGGGGAAACAGGGCGACGUUUUCCUGGGAGAUCGAGCGACAGACUGUCAGAGGAUUGAACUGAAGCAGGGCUUCACCUUCAUCAUCCCAUCAGGUUGGAUUCAUGCUGUCUACACUCCUCUGGACUCUAUGGUGUUUGGAGGAAACUUCCUGCACAGCUUCAACAUCCCCAUGCAGCUCAACAUCUGUAACAUCGAGGAUCGAACACGGGUGCCGGUGAAGUUCCGUUACCCCUUCUACUACGAGAUGUGCUGGUACGUGUUGGAGCGUUACAUCUUCAGCAUGACCAAGACGUCCUACCUAACCCCAGAGUUCCAGAAACACUCGCUGGGCGUCGGUCUGAAGAAGCCGAGCGGCUCAGAUGCAGCAAUUGAGCAGGUGAAGGAGGAGGAGGAGGAUGAUGAAGACGAUGAGGAUGAUGACGACGACGACGACGAAGACAGUGAUGAAGAUCCUCCAGAGCAGCAGUCAGAGAAGACGGCCGUUAAAGUUCACCUGACUCCCUUUGAGAUGGAGGGACUGUGGAACCUGCUGGGCAAACUGGAGUCUCUGCCCUCCAACAAGAAGUGUGUGCCAGCAGGGAUUCACAACGCCCCAGCACUCAUGACGCACAUCAAGGCGCUCCUCAAAGAACACGCCAACGACAAUCCCAAACUGUCCUACACAGGAAAACCCAUCGUCAAGUGGCCAAAACGGUGUUUCCUCUCCUCCCCUCACCAGCCCUCAUGGUACCAGCCGCCUCCUCCUCCACCGCCUCCUCCUCGUCCUAAAGUGGUCACCACGCCUGUCACCCCGCGACCACAGAAACCAGCCUCCUCCAUGUCUGUGCUGAGGCGACGCAGAGUCAGGUGUAAGCGCUGUGAAGCCUGCAUGAGGCCAGAGUGUGGAGAGUGCAACUUCUGCAGAGACAUGAAGAAGUUUGGAGGACCAGGGAAGCUGAAGCAGACGUGUGUUCUCCGACAGUGUCUGUCUCCGGGCCUCCCUCUGUCUGCAGUGUGUGAGAUCUGCAAGGAGCCCAAUCAAGAGGAAAGUGGAGACCCGUCGCUCAUCCUGAUGGAAUGUUCCAACUGUGCACAGAUCGCUCACCCUGCCUGCCUCACGAUCCAGGGCGAAGGACUGGUGAACAAAGACCUGCCCAGCUGUUGGGAGUGUCCAAAGUGUGUCCAAGGAAUCACUGACCAAGAGCAGUCGAGAGGCGACAAAGGUGACGGACUUCCAGUGAAACGUAAAUCCUCGACCCUGCUGGACGCCCGCAUGGCAAAGAUCUACAGAGGUCAGAGACACAACCGAGACGGGGACGAUUCAGGCAGCGAUGACGAUGAUGAAGCCUCUCAAAGACGAAAGAUUGCGCUCCAGGCUCGAGGGGGGGGCCACUCCUCCAGACGGGGCUUCGUCACAAACAGGAGGGGCCUGAUGAGAGGAGGCUCCGCCCAGAGAGGAAGCAGCAGAGGCGGUCUCGUCGGGUCCGGCUCCUCCAUGCUCAAGCUGAAGCGAGGGGUGGGCGCGAAGGAGAGCGGGCGCCGGGGACGAGGGGUGAGGCUGCGUGGAGGCUCCCGGAUGCAGCGCAGAGGAGACGAGUCGGACGAGUCGGACGACGACGAUGAUGACGACGAGGACGACGAGGAAGACGAUGACGAGGAGGAGGACAGCGAAGACGGCGGCAGGGACCAGCGGCACCGCCACCACAGGAGGAGGCACAGGGCCGACGACGACGACGACAACGAGGACAGCGAAGGCCAAGAGUUUGACCCCGAGGAGGACGAGAUGGACACGCUGGAGGACGAAGAGGAGGAGGAUGAGGAGGAGGAGGCGGAAGACGACGGACGCUGGGACUCGGACCCUGAACCCCCGGUCCUCCUGAUGUCUGACCCUAACGAUGACCUGCUGAGUGGCUCUUAUCUGACUGUCACCCUACAGCGCCCCCACAAGGCCAAGAGACAAUCUGGCUCCAUCGUUCCAAAGCUGGAAGCGGCCAUGGGUGUGAGGACGGCGUCAGUGAGCUCCGGUGUUCAGAGCUUCGUCCAGAGAAAGACGACGCUGUCCAAGGCUUCACGGCUGCGGAACGCCGACACGGCGGCAGACAGCGUCACGCUGCGAGGCCCCGGCAGGCCUCGUAUGCGCGGUAACCACGGAGACAGAGGGACCAGAGACUGCUCGGCGUCGUCCUCUGAGGAACGGGAGGGAGCGUCCCCUCCGAUGCCGUCCUCCCUGCUGUCUGUGCUGUCCUUCAAGGAGGACGAGAAAGGAGGGGAGAAGGAGGUGUGGGUGUCCGUGUUCAGGUACCUGAGCCGAGCAGAGCUGCUGGCCUGCAUGACCGUCUGCAAGGCCUGGUACAAGUGGAGCUGUGACAAGCGUCUGUGGAGCCACUUGGACGUGAGCCGGUGCAGCCCGCUCAGUAAUCAGGCUCUGGCAGGGAUCGUCAAACGCCAGCCCGUCUCUCUGGACCUGUCCUGGACUCCACUGGCCAAGAGACAGCUCAACUGCCUGCUCACCAGGCUGCCAGGUCUGCGUGAGCUGAGGGUGACUGGUCUGUCCUGGUCUUGUCUGUCGGCGCUGGUCUCUCCCACGCUGCCCUGCCUGCGGCUGCUGGACCUGCGCUGGUGCGACGGCCUCGACGACACUCAGAUCAAAGAGAUGGUCUCUCCCCCGGGUGCAGAGUCGUCGCGCAGCAGACUGAGGAACAUGCAGACGCUGCGUCUGUCCGGCCUGGACGUCAGUGACUCCACCCUGCGGCUGCUGCAGCGUCACAUGCCUCAGCUGGAGACGCUGGACCUCGCUCACUGCAGGAACGUCACAGACUCGUCCAUCGCUCUGCUGGCAGCUGCCGGGACUCACACCCGCAACCACCUCACCGAGCUCACGCUGGCAGGUUGCAGUGAGUUGACAGACGCCUGUCUGUCCUACCUGAAGCGUCUCUCCUCUCUGACUCUGCUCGACCUCAGAGGCUGCAAGAGCGUCAGCAGACGAGCGUGCGACGCCUUCAUCUCGGACCUGUCGCACGUCGCCCUCUACUGUAUGAUGGAGGAGAAGCUCAUCCAGCGCCUGGACUGAGAAACAUUCAUUCAUUCAUUCAUUCAUUCACCUUGUUUCACAGCCUUUCCUGUCGUGAAUCCUGAGACAUAAAAUGUCUCCUCCAUCAUUGUCUUCAGGUGCAGAGCUGAGGUCUGAACCUGAGCCGACACUCAAACAUUUUUUAAAAAUCCACAAUCACUGACUGAACAGAUCAUGUGACUCCUCCCUCGUGUGCAGGAUUAUUUUUCAGAGAUCUAUUUUUGUUGCCGAGUCAAAAAUAAUAAUGUGUGACAUCAGUAAAGUCUGUGUAUAUAUUCUUUCUUUCAGUCAUAAUAUUGACAUUUGUACUUUUUGUGACGGUGUGAUAAUAAAAAAAAGUUUCAUCCUCUCA